AUGCUUUUUGCGGAAAAAGAACCAGGAAAACCUUUAUAUGGAAGUUUUACUUUUUUUAUCUUAGUUGCAAUAAUUUUUGUAAAUUUAUUUAUAUUUAUUAUUCUUAGAAUUUUGAUAGAUCUUGAAGAUGAUAUGGAUCAACCAUAUAUUAAUGGAUCUAUUCGAACAUUUCUUCAAUAUUUUCUCUUAGCAUUUUCUUUGACAUUCUGUUUUGGGUGUUGGUGCUGUUGUUGCGGGGGAUGUUUAUUAUUUACAACUCUUAGAAAAAUUGAAUUUUGUCAUAUGGAACAAAACAAUGCUUUAGAUUUUGCUGCAAUCCACAGAUUUUAUAAUCGAAUAAAACACGUCAAACCAAACACUAAUUUUGUCAUAAAGUUUAGAAGUAAAAAUGAUAAUCAAAGUAUCAGUGAUGAGGAAGAAAAUGAUUUAAAUACUAUACAAUUACAAGAGGUUGUUGUUGAGGAUAAAAAAAUGGAUAAAAAUAUUGGAAAUAAUAAUUGUUAA